CGGUCCCUCAUGCUUGACGGUUGAUCGUCGUUUUUUUCUUUUUUCAUUUCCGUCUUAAAUUUUCUCUCUCUAAAGGCCCUACAACUUAGAGAGAGAAAGCAAAUAUGUGUCCGCUGAGAAUCAUUCUCAUCUUUCUCUCUGUAACUCUCGCCGGAUUUUUCGCCUUCCGAAACCUCAAAACUCCUAGUGACGACUAUCAGAGCCACGCCGCAGACGAAACUCCGGUUAAGCUCCACUCUGCUUCGUCGUUGUCUUCCUCAAGUUCUCUUCCAAUCUGCUCCAAGGUGUGCGGCGUGAUAGGGAACGGAUUUUGGACCUUCGUGGACAUGGCUAGCGGCAGAUACGUUUGGAGGCAUUUGGUUUCAUCUUCGAAUUUGAAUUUGAAGCGUGCCGAUGAUCUUAAAUUUUAAUGGUAAACAGACUGCUUUAAAGCUCUUUGAUUCAAAACCUCUGUAAUCAAAUCCCUCUUCUCGUAUUCUAUUUCAUUAGGUAUGCUUAUAGAUUAUGAUUGAAGUUGCAGAAAGCUUGCAAUGAUGAUCUGCUAAAGAAAAAAGGUUGUAAUCUUGCUAUAGUAAAGGUCCUGUAUAGUGUAUGAACUUGCCUAUUGUUUUACUCAGUAUCUUUUAAGCAAAAAUAAUUCUACUGCUGAUAUAUAGAAUUCAGCUUGAUCAAAAUGAAAAUAGAAACUUACUUGCUAUAA